AUGAGCCUUACUGGACCUGAACUGCAUCGCUUGAUCGCACAAGACGAAGGCCAGCUUUCGAUGCUUAAGAUACCUGGUGGAGGUUCGUGGUGCCCCAUCUUGCCUGCCCCUGCAGGCCAGGUCACGAACUCCGUCGGAAGCAUUCGGCCUUCUGCUUCGCGGUCUAGACGCUGUUGCCGCCGUCGAGGCAAACAGAAUCGGGGUUGUAGCCGAAAAAGCGAGCACGCGGACAGCUCUAGCGAUGAUGAGGAUGAGGAUAAUGAUGAGGAUGAAGAGGAUGAGGAACAUGAAGAGUAUGAUGAGGACGGAGGGGAACACAUUGAAGACGAGGUGUGCCACGAGGCAGAGGCUGAUCACCUCCUUGAUGGACCUAUAGAAGCUGGGUCACGGAACCGUCCUUUGCUCGAUGUCGCUAACAACACUGACGCAUCCAAUCUGGCUUUGCCUUGCCGGGGAGCUGCUAGUAUGCUUCGAUCUGGUUCUGUCGGAGCAGCUAGAGAUCGACUUCUAUCAUUGCAGAUGAAUAAGUCUAUUGACCAUACGACAAGUCACACCGAACUUGGUCUUCCGCCUGGUGACUUCACCAUCUCUGCAUGCCCUUUGGCAACCACAGCCGGGGAUCUGCUUGCCUGCGCAGUGGGACUUCCUGGUGCAGUGCCAACGCGACGAAAGAAGCCAAGGCGCAAGAAGUUGAAGAAGAGCCACUUGUUGGGCCAACUUUGCCGACGACUGGGUGAGGCCAACAUUUUAUUAUUCUCUCUCGUAGGAGUGUCACCUAGUGACCUAUUCUAG